AUUUUUAUCCAAAUUUCCUCCUCAUUAUAUGUAAAUGGAGGAGUUCUGAAAGCCCUCGGGUAAGGCAGUACAAGAAAUUGAGCAAAUCCAGCUAGUGUAUCAGUUUUCUGGGCAAAAUGAGCUUCAACGAUGAUGAGCAGCUUGUUGCUCCUCCAGACUCAGGGCCAAAACCAACUCCAAUCAUACAGGGAAGAGCACAGGUGGUAAGCAAAAAUAAGAGUACGGUACCACUUGAAGAAACCAAACUCAGGGUAUUGCUGGAGAUCACAGGAGGAGAUUCCAGCAAUGACAGACCCGGAUUGGAUCUCGUGGCGGUAUUAGAUGUCAGCGGAAGCAUGGCUGGAGAAAAGUUAGCAAAAGUGAAAACUGCUAUGUUAUUUGUAAUCAAGAAACUUAGCCCUAUCGAUCGUUUGUCGGUUGUUACAUUCGCUGGGGAUGCCACAAGGUUGUGCCCAUUGUGUCAGAUUACUGAAGAUUCUCAAAAAUUUCUUGAAAAUCUAGUCAAUGGGUUAAAUGCCGAUGGUGCAACCAACAUCACUGCUGGUCUUCAAACUGGCUUGAAAAUUAUUAAUGACCGUAAUCUUAGUGGCGGGCGUUCUGUUGGAAUAAUGCUUAUGUCCGAUGGUGAACAGAACCAAGGUGGUGACGCUGCCCAGGUUCCGGUGGGCAAGGUGCCUGUACACACAUUUGGUUUUGGCGUAAAUCACGACCCGAGGGUUCUCAAGGCAAUCGCAGAUAAUAGCAUUGAAGGAACUUUCUCAGACGUUCAAAACACAGACAACUUGAGCAUAGCGUUUUCUCAGUGUUUGGCUGGUCUUCUCACCCGAGUUGUUGAGGACCUCAAGUUGACAGUCACCCCAUAUGAAGACGAAUCGACAAUAGAGCAAGUGAUUGCCGGAAGCUAUCCACAAUCCAAGGACGAUGCCGAUGGCUCUGUAACUGUGACCUUUGGUGGUCUCUAUGCUAAAGAGGUGCGCAAGGUUAUGGUGGACCUUCUUCUCCCUGCUGUUAGUAAGGAACGAGGCGCAGAUGUUCUUGAUAUUACUUUAUCAUAUAGCUUCCAGGGGAGAUUGUUUGAGGCCCCUCCUGUGACCCUUAAUGUAAGCCGCACUGGAGCAUCUGCAGAUGAGCGAGAGAGGCCAGAGGUGAGAAAUGAGGAGACUCGUCUCCUUACUGCAAAGAUGAUAAAAGAAGCAAGAGUCAUGGCUGACGGUAAUAAGCUUGAUGAUGCUCGAGACAAGCUAGUUGAAGCCCAGAACUCAUUGGAAGAUGUGGAUGAUGAAUCUAAUCCAUUGAUUGAGAUGCUGAGGUCCGAGUUGCAGCAACUCUUGAAAUUGAUGAAAUCCCAAGAAAUUUACGAAAAGCAAGGGCGUCCAUUUGCACUUUCCUCUGAGACUUCUCACAAUCGCCAGCGUUUUGCUGCAAGAGGUGAUAUAGAAAGCCUGCGGCUAUUUGCCACUCCUCGGAUGGACAAAUACCUUGAGCAAGCAAAGUCAUUUGAUGAGGAUCCCAGCAAGCCACUGCCCUCAGUAGAUGAGGAUGUGAAGGAAGAAAUCGCUGCCAAUCCCCUUGGUCCCAUCGCUGGUGCUCUUAGUUUCUACAUUCAGUCAGCCAUUCAGUCUCUGCAAGCCAUUGAAAAAAUAAUCAAUAGAGGCCGUUGAUUACUCUGUUACUUUUAAUUUGUGUUUUGCUUGUGUAUUUCAAUAAGUUAAACCACUGUGUGUCUUAACCUAUUCUAUACAAGUAUUGUGAUGUUGUAUAUGGUUUUUGUGUGUACAAGCUCGUAAAUUUUCGCAUAAUAUUAAUAGAUCCUUGAGUGCCAAUUAAAUAAUGAAGCUUAAGUUGGAAUUUGAAUGUUUA